CAUCACAGACAUUAUUUUGAUUGGCGGGUUUUCACUGUGGCUGAAACAGAAGAUGACUGCAAUUAAUGCAUACAUAACUAAAUUAAACAUGUAAGAAUAUGACAUUUAAUUAAUGUUUAAAGCAAAACUAUUUCCAGUCAUUUAGCUAUUUUUUUUAAUGUGUUAGCGGUCUUAUUAAAAGGUUUUGAAACGGAACCUAUCGCGGAAACCAAAACAGCGCAAGGCAUUUUGGGUAACCCUCAUAGGUUUUGUUUAUGGCGAGAGAAAGUAAAAUGAGAAUAAACUAACAUUUAACAGGCAUUACAGUACUUUAAAAUAUUUAUGGAUUGAGUGAGAGAAAUGGCGGAGGAAAGUGGAGUGACGCUUCCAGUUGAGGAUGAAGACACGGAAAAGGGGAUUUGGUGCUUGAGGAGAGUCGGUAAAAAAUGCGAAUGGCUGCUUCUGAACGCAAAAACAGAGGUGACUCUUGGACGUGGGCUUGCUGUAACAUAUCAGAUAUUAUCUUUGGCCUGUCCAUUGAUGAUUUCUAGAAAUCACUGUGUGUUCAAGCAGAAUGAAGAAAGCCAGUGGACAGUGACUGACAAAAAGAGUCUGAAUGGCGUGUGGGUUAAUGGAAAGCGAAUUGAGCCCUGUAAGGUACACGUUUUGAAUGAAGGAGACACAGUUCAACUUGGAGUGCCUAUUGAAGACAAGGGCGUAGAGUAUGAGUAUGUGCUGAUUAAGGAUCAGCUACAAAAUGUAGCCCCCUUUUUGCAUAAAACCACACAGCAGGACACUGAAAUUACAGUGAAAAGGACUAAGAGGAAAUACAGAUCUGGGGAAUUUGAUUCUGAGGACUCCUCCAACUCAAAAGAAAAAGUCCCCCUGAGCUCUAACGAGGACAAGUCCAGAAGCAGGUCAUCCUUAGCUACUGAAAUGGCUAAGCAAAAAUCUAACUAUUGUGAGUCUGCAACCCCUGGACCAAGUAGUGAUCCCCAGGAAGCCAUCCCUCUACAAGACACACAGGACCCUACAAAGCUGCAGCCGAGUUCACAGAGCAGUGCAGAGCUCGCCCGCCUGCAGGACAACAUGAAACAGAUCCAAAGACUGAAAUUUAAAGUGAAGGAGGCAGAGCAGCAAGCAGCUUCCCUUCAGGCCCAGCAGGUACCUGAACCACAGCUGAACCAGGUAGAGGAGAGGCUAAAUGUUCUAAGGGGACAGCUGCACGUCGAACAGCAACAGCAGCUGCUGAGAGUCGAGAUGCUGGAGAAAACGUUUUAUGAGGAGGAACAGCGGCUGGAGGAUGAGAAGAAGCUUCAAGUGGAAGAGAGUUUGGAGAAGAAACUGGAUUUGGCUUUGCAAGAGCAUCGAAAGGUGAUAGAAGAACUGAGACGUUCCCGAAAAGAUUUUGAAGAGAUCAUCCAGGCCAAAGAUAAAGAACUGGAGGAAACCAAGGAAGAGAAGGAGAAGGCUAAAGCCCAGAAAGAAGAAGUUUUAACUCAAAUGACUGAAGUGUUGGAGAAUGAACUGCAGUGCAUCAUCUGUUCAGAGCUUUUCUUUGAGGCUGUCACAUUGAACUGCGCUCAUAGCUUCUGCUCGCAUUGUAUAAACCAGUGGAGGAAACGAAAGGAUGAAUGCCCCAUAUGCAGACAGGGUAUCUUUGCUCAGACUCGUUCUCUGGUUCUCGACAACUGCAUUGAUAGAAUGGUGGAGAACCUGAGUUCCGAGAUGAAAGAGCGACGUGAAAACCUGAUUCGUGAGCGUAAAGGCUCCGCUCAUCCCUUCGAGCAUACAGUGUCCCUUGGAGCUCAGCUUUACCAACUCGCCCUCUGGCUCAAUUCUUUUUAGAGGGGAUUGGGCUCCGCACUUUAUAAUUGUUUUGUUCUUCAUAAAACAGCCUCCUACCAAUCACCAGCAUAUGGAACAUAGAAUUAGACACAUCUGAUUCUACUCUGGACUGGGAUAAAAUCUGGGACAAUAUUUUUACAUUCUCCAAAAAUUUAGCACAUUUUAAAUACAUCCAUAGAGCUUAUACGACCCCACAUAGAAAAUACCAACUGAGAAUUGUGGAAGACCCCCUCUGCCAUGGGUGCAUCCAAGGUGUAGUUGGCACCUAUCUUCAUAAGUUUUGGGAAAGCCCCAGGCUCCAGGAUUUUUGGAAGUGUGUAGGUUCAGUGAUAUCUGGGAUGAUUGUUGUUCAGGUGCUGCUGUGUCUAGGAGUGCUCCUUUUGGCAGAAGAUUAUUCCCAGAAUGGCAAGACGUCUAUUUUUUGCUGGGUUGACUGCAGCCAAAAAAGUGAUCCUGGAGGGGAUGGGUGGACUUCUUGGUCGGUUGCAGCUAAUAUUAUAGCUGAGCAGUUUAUUAAUGGGGCUCCCCAUUAGGCCACACACACAUAUAACAUGUAUUUUUA